CUUCAAUUUUUUCUGUGAUUCAAUUUUUAAGCUCUUUCCUUACAAACCCCUUGCUUCUUAUCCUUCCACUCACUUUCAUACAUAUACUUAACAAAGCAAAGCAUAUCUCUUUGUAUUAGAGCUAUUAUUUUCUCUCUCUAGACGAGGUUACACCAUGAAAGGAGGUAGAUCCAAGGCUGUUGUCAGGAAGACUGACAGCAAGUUGUCUGUGAAAAAAGGUGCAGCAGCCGGGAAGAAGGCGGCACCAAAGGGCAAGCCUGCGAAGGACCCAAACAAGCCAAAGAGGCCCGCUAGUGCCUUCUUUGUUUUCAUGGAGGACUUCAGGAAACAAUACAAAGAGAAGCACCCCAACAACAAAUCGGUGGCCGCUGUUGGAAAAGCAGGUGGUGACAAGUGGAAAUCCUUGUCAGAGGCUGAGAAAGCUCCCUAUGUCGCUAAGGCUGAAAAAAGGAAGGCUGAGUACGAAAAAACCCUCGAGGAUUACAAUAAGAAAACGGCUGAAGGAGCUGGAGCUGAAGAAGAGGAAUCAGACAAGUCCAAAUCCGAAGUGAAUGACGAGGACGAUGAUGACGAGGACGGAAGUGGAGAAGACGAAGAUGACGACGACGAGUAGAGAGAUGGUUGGAUUAAUUGAAGAAACUGAAAUUAACAUUUUCUUUUUACUAUUGUCUACAUCUACCCUUUAUAAAUAGUAGACCUCUUUUUUCCUUUAGAUCAAGAAAGUGAAACGAUAUUAGCUUGCAUCGGAAGCAGCUAGUAAUUCGGCUAUGUAUCUGAUAUUUUGUGAAUUAUGAUGCACUACUUUAAUGAUGAUGUUGGUUAGGUUUUGGUUAUUUAUUAA